GGUGGAGGGCUCUCCCGCGGUCUUCCGUGCCGGGCGAUUGCGUGAAUGUGCCACUGCCGUGGGUCCAGCUCUUCCCAGCCACGCACCCACUCGCCCAGGGCCGAGACGCCGGAGUGGCUUCGGUGUCGCCGAGGACGCGGAAAGGGCCCCCGGAGCAGCGCGAGGGAAAUUCUCUGUCUCGGGGGGGAGGACUCCUCCGAGCCGGCCGCCGCCUCUGCCCCGCGCGGCGCAGCGAGGAGCGCGACGUCAUUUCAGCAAGCGCGCGCGGCGAGGCUUGCCUGGCUUGCCGCAUCGACCCGCUCCCUCCCUUUCCUCAGGCACAAAUACCGGAGGGAGACGGCGGACGGGGUCGAGCCGCUCCCUCCCGCCGGCGAUGACUUCACCCUCCGCCAGCCGCAGCCCCCAUUGGAACGGCCUUCUGCCCCUGGUGCGGACGGACGCGCGAGGCGCGUGGCCCCGGCUGCCUCCGCGGAGCCCGCGCUUGGCCUCACCAAGCAUGGACCUCAAACUACCAAUGCAAAGUUCACAAUUUUGAAGUGCCAGGACAGCAGAGGGUUACCUUCUGUGAUGAUGAACCUGACGGAGUGGGCUGAAACGAAGUGGACAGAUCGCUCAAAUUCCUCAGCACAACUGACUCCACCAUCUUGGGGCAGCAAUGACUCCUUUUCUUUCCAAGGGGAUCUCCAGGAGAUAAUCCACACAGCUACUUUAGUUACGUGUACCUUCCUGCUGGCUGUUAUUUUCUGCUUGGGUUCUUAUGGCAACCUUAUUGUUUUUUUGUCCUUCUUUGACCCAGCUUUCCGGAAGUUCAGGACCAACUUUGAUUUCAUGAUCCUCAAUCUGUCCUUCUGUGACCUCUUUAUCUGUGGAGUGACUGCCCCCAUGUUCACCUUUGCUCUCUUUUUGGAUUCUGCAGCUGGUAUCCCUGAUGCUUUCUGCUUUACCUUCCACCUUACCAGUUCUGGGUUUAUCAUCAUGUCCCUCAAGACAGUGGCUGUUAUUGCCCUUCACCGAUUAAGCAUGGUGUUAGGGAAGCAGCCCAAUCGGACUGCCUCUUUCCCUUGUACUCUCUUGCUCACUCUUCUCCUCUGGGCCACAAGCUUUACUCUGGCCACUCUGGCCACCAUGAGGACCCAUAAAUCUCGUCUUUGCCUUCCAAUUUCCAGCCUGGUCAGUGGUGAGGGAAAGAUCAUCCCUUACUUGUAUGUUAUUGACUUCAUAUGCUGUGUAACAGUGGUUUCAGUCUCUUACAUCAUGAUAGCCCAAGCCUUGAGGAAAAAUGCCCAAGUGAGGAAAUGUCCUCCCAUCAUCACAGUCGAUGCUUCUAGGCCUCAGCCUUUUGCUGGAGCGCUUGCUACUGGAUGUACUGAUGGGGUACGGUGCACUGUGCCAGCUCUGUAUAGAAACCAAAACUAUAACAAGCUGCAGCACAUCCAAACACAGGCAUACAUGAAGAACUUUGGCCAGUUGUCUGCAUCGGCAGCCAGCAGAUUCCAGUUGGUGUCCAUGAUUAACUUGUCCACUGCCAAGGACUCUAAAGCUGUGGUGACUUGCAUUAUUAUUGUUCUUUCUGUUUUAGUUUGCUGCCUUCCGUUGGGCAUAUCUUUAAUACAAGAUGUUUUGUCCAGGAACAGUGGCAUUGUGCUUUAUCAAUUUGAACUGUGUGGAUUUACACUUUUUUUUUUAAAGUCUGGAUUGAAUCCUUUUAUAUAUUCCCGUAACAGCGCUGGCUUAAGAAGGAGGGUCCUGUGGUGUAUGCAAUACUUAGCCUUUGUUUUUUUUUGCUGUAAGCAAAAAACACGGCUUCAGGCUGUGGGCAAAGGGAGUCUGGAGGCCAACAGAAAUAAAUCAUCCCAUCAUGAGACCAACUCAGCUUAUAUGCUAUCUCCAAAGCCUCAGAAAAAGUUUGUGGAUCAAGCAUGUGGCCCUAGUCGUUCUAAAGAAAGUGUGCUGAGCCCUAAGGUUUCUGCUGGCCAUCAGCAUUAUGGAGGAGGCCAGAGUAGCUCCACCCCCAUGAAUACCCGCAUUGAACCUUAUUAUAGCAUUUAUAACAGCUGCCCUUCUCAGGAAGUGAGCACUCCCAACAGCUUGCAACCAUCAAACUCUCCAUUCAGGUACGCCAACUCCUACGUUGCCAUGCACUAUCACACAACAAAUGACCUAGUGCGGGAUUAUGACAGUACUUCUGCUAAGCAGAUACCAGUGCCCUCGGUGUAGCUGGUGGGAGCCGGCAGUGUCCAAUGUUCUACCACAAUGGUGGCUAUCCUUUCUUGGCAAGUUGUGCCAUGAGUCAUCCAGAGUAUGAUGUUGUGCUGCUACUGCAUGUGCAUGAAUGUUUAGCCCCUCCACGCAUUAGGAUGGUUUUGCUUCAGUCAGGCAGCAGCCAGGCUAGGAAGGAUAGGACUGCAGGCUGCAUGCCUUAGCCAGGCUUCUAAAUUCUCCUGUUUGUGUCUUGCAAAUUACUAUCCCAUAUUCUGCCAUUUCACUAGCAGUGUUUCUCCUUUUUAAAGGUUUCUGCUUACUAGUCCAUUGUGGGUACAGUAUUAUAACCCCAGAAGUAUUCUUUCUGGAUUCCAGCAAAGAUCAGUCUUUUCUCAAAAUGUCUGCUGCCACAAAUCACCGGUGUUUUGUUGUUUUAUAACUGAAUCAAGCUUUGCUUUCUUGUUUAUAUGGUAAGUGCUUGAAAAUGUAUGUUUUAGCAAUGUUGCUUUUUAAAAGAUUUAUACUCUGAUUUCUGUCUAUUAUUGAUUUACUGCAGAACAUUUUUAGCAGCUGGCAAUUACGUUAAUUAUGUACAAUGGUAAAAAGUAAGUAAAAACAUCUAGUACCAGG